AUGUCGAAGACGUACAACAUUGCCGCCAUCCCCGGCGACGGUAUAGGCGUCGACAUAACCGACGCGGCCUCCCAAGUCCUCAACACCAUCGCCUCCGCCCACGGCGGCUUCAAAUUCAACUUCACCACCUUCGACUGGAGCUCCAAGGCCUAUCUGGAGCGAGGAUGGUACAUGCCGGAAGAUGGCAUGGACCAGCUCAAGAAGCACGACGCCAUCUACUUCGGCGCUGUAGGCUGGCCUUCAGUACCCGACCAUAUCUCUCUCUGGGGUCUGAUUCUGCCCAUCCGGAAGAACAUGAACCAGUACGUCAAUGUUCGGCCAACCAGAGUAUUGAAAGGCGUUACGGCGCCGUUGUCUCAGAUCAAGGAGAAGCCCAAGGAAUUGGACUGGAUCAUCAUCAGGGAGAACUCAGAAGGUGAGUAUGCCGGCCAGGGUGGGACUACGCAUGAGCAUGGGACGAAUGCGAUCGCCACCGAGGUGGCCAUCUUCACCUAUGUAGGGAUCGAAAGGAUCAUGCGGUUCGCGUUUGAGACGGCGAAGAGUAGGCCGAGGAAGAAGCUUACCAUGGUGACCAAGUCGAAUGCUCAGAGGCAUGGCAUGGUGCUGUGGGAUAAGGUGUUUUAUGAGGUCGCGAAGGAUUAUGAAGGGGUGGUGGAGCAUGACAAGAUGCUCGUAGACGCCAUGACGGUGAGGAUGGUGAACAAGCCGGAGAGCAUGGACACUAUCGUCGCUACGAACUUGCACGCGGACAUCUUGUCUGACCUUGCCGCGGCGCUCGCUGGAUCGAUCGGAAUCGCUCCGUCAUCCAAUCUCGACCCAACGCGGUCGUGUCCUAGCAUGUUUGAACCGAUACACGGGUCUGCACCGGACAUAGCUGGCCAGGGCAUUGCGAACCCGAUCGGUGCUUUCUGGUCCGCUGCAGAGAUGGUCCGAUGGGUUGGCCAAGGCUCACUCGACAAGACAGCCGACCAGCUCAUGGAGGCUAUCGAGAACAUCUCCGAGCGAGGAGUGCGGACCAGAGAUAUGGGCGGCCAGGCCAGUACCAAGGAGGUUACUGAUGCGGUGUGCAAGGAGGUCGAGGCCAUUAUCGGUAAGAAAUAA